AUGGCCUCAAAAACCGUUACCAGAGCUCUCCGCUCUUCCUCCAGACAGGCCAUGACCGCCGUCAAGCGUCCAAUCACCCAAAGAUCUCUCACAACCGCUGCUCUCCUCACUGCAGCAUCAAGACCAGCUGUUGCUAGGUCUACUGCUAGAAUUGCCGUUCCAGCUAUCCAAUCGAGAGGACUCAAGACCAUUGACUUUGCUGGUGUUAAGGAGGACGUCUAUGAACGCUCUGACUGGCCCAGAGAGAAGUUGCUUGAAUACUUCAAGAACGACACCCUUGCAUUAAUCGGUUACGGAUCCCAAGGACACGGUCAAGGUCUCAACCUCCGCGAUAACGGACUAAACGUCAUCGUUGGUGUUCGUAAGAACGGAGCUUCGUGGAAGGAAGCCAUUGAAGAUGGAUGGGUUCCCGGAAAGAACCUGUUCGAGAUCGAUGAGGCUAUUAACAAGGGAACCAUUGUUAUGAACCUUUUGUCUGAUGCGGCGCAGAGUGAGACUUGGCCUAGCAUUAAGCCAUUGAUCACUAAGGGCAAGACUUUGUACUUCUCGCAUGGAUUCAGCCCUGUUUUCAAGGAUUUGACUAAGGUCGAAGUCCCAACCGACGUAGACGUCAUCCUCGUCGCCCCCAAGGGUUCCGGCCGUACCGUCCGCUCCCUCUUCAAGGAAGGCCGAGGCAUCAACUCCUCCAUUGCCAUCUUCCAAGAUGUUACCGGUAAAGCCGAGGAAAAGGCCGUGGCACUUGGUGUUGCCGUCGGAUCCGGAUAUCUCUACAAGACCACCUUUGAGAAGGAAGUCUACAGCGACCUUUACGGUGAACGUGGAUGUUUGAUGGGAGGUAUCCACGGUAUGUUCUUGGCACAGUAUGAGGUCCUCAGGGAGAAUGGACAUUCGCCCUCUGAGGCUUUCAAUGAGACUGUUGAGGAGGCUACUCAGAGUUUGUAUCCUUUGAUUGGAAAGAAUGGUAUGGAUUGGAUGUACGAGGCUUGUUCUACUACUGCCAGACGUGGUGCCAUCGAUUGGUCCUCGAAAUUCAAGGAUAGCUUGAAGCCAGUCUUCGAGGAACUUUAUGAUUCCGUCAAGACCGGUAAGGAGACUCAGCGAUCCUUGGAGUUUAACUCUCAAAAGGAUUACCGUGCCAAGUACGAGCAGGAGAUGCAAGAGAUCAGAGAUUUGGAGAUCUGGAGAGCCGGAAAGGCUGUUCGAUCUUUGAGGCCUGAGAAUAACUAA